AACUUCGGAAACGUACAAGAACCGAGGUAUUGGAACGAAGACGCAAAGAACAUAAACAUGAAUUUGGAGUAGCAGUGGAAGAUCCCAAAACUGGAGUUGCCACACAAACGUGUAGUUCUUGUGGACUAAAGAUUGAAGUUACCGUGUUCUAG